UGUUGAGGGUUUCCUAUAGAGUCGUUGCCAAAGGAGCCACGGGAGCGCACAGAAGGCACGAAGCGCUGCGGGACACGAAUUCACGGGCACCUUUCAGCUGAGCCUCGCUGGGACUUUGCUCAAGUUACUGGGAAAUCUCCAAGUUGUCUUUGAGGAUUUGACGUACCGACAGAGAGGCAAAGGGCGGGUAAAGAUAAGCCGAGGAGGAUGUGGAGCUUUUUGACGCGCGCGGAGCAAGUUUUGCUCCACUUGCUGCUAUGGCACGACUAUGGUGUUUUGUUAAAGCGUUCAGCUUGAGUAACUUUUAACGUGUGUAGCAUAAAGUCCUCUGAUAUGGCAUGUUUCCUGCGUUGUGUCCUCAUGCUCAGGAGUGCGACUCAUGGGAUGUAGUAAAUGGAGAGCUGCGUUCAACUUUGGACACCUGAAGGUGCAGUCCAAGCUGUCCGUCUUCUUUACCAUGAUCAUUCUCUUCACUUACCUCUUUUACUGCCUCAACGGAUACUGUGACUCUUUGCCCAGGCCUGUGUACGACAGACAAAGUAAUUUUCAGAACAAAAUUAUCUUAAAUGAUGGACAUGAAGCGUCACCGCAGCAGCUCGGCGCGUAUAACGCGUCUCAGGUCUCGUUCGUCCGCGAUCAGCUGUCGGACUUGUCGAACAGCGAUGCUCCUACUAGCAAUAUAUCUAUAGCCAAUAGUUUCGGCAGCAAAAAGUUUCCUCAGGCCAUCAUCAUAGGCGUGAAGAAAGGUGGCACUCGGGCUCUGCUGGAGUUCCUCCGCAUCCAUCCGGACGUGAGAGCCGUCGGGUCUGAGCCGCACUUCUUUGACCGCUUCUACGAUAAGGGACUGGAAUGGUACAGGAACCUGAUGCCUCGUACUCUGGAGGGUCAGAUCACCAUGGAGAAAACUCCCAGUUACUUUAUCACCAAAGAAGCUCCUCGCCGUGUCUUCUCAAUGAGCCGUCACACCAAGCUCAUCGUGGUGGUCCGUGACCCUGUGACCCGGGCUGUUUCUGAUUAUACCCAGACUCUGACCAAAUCUCCCGGGCUCCCAUCCUUCCAGAACCUGGCCUUCCGCAAUGCCACCACAGGUCUCAUCGACACAUCUUGGAGCGCCGUCCGCAUUGGCAUCUAUGCCAAGCACCUAGAGAACUGGCUGCGCUUCUUCCCGCUCUCACGCCUCCUGUUUGUUAGCGGUGAACGACUUGUGACGGAUCCAGCGGGCGAGAUGGGCCGGGUCCAGGACUUCCUGGGACUCAAACGUGUGGUGACAGACAAGCACUUCUAUUUCAACCAGACCAAAGGCUUCCCCUGCCUAAAGAAGCCAGAGGGGAGCAGCAGGCCGCGCUGCCUGGGGAAGUCAAAGGGCAGGCCCCAUCCCCAGAUCCCCUCUGAGGUCCUGCUUAGGCUCAGAGACUUCUACAGACCCUUCAAUCUCAAGUUUUACCAAAUGACUGGCCACAAUUUUGGCUGGGACUGAACAGCUACUCACCAAAUCUCUUAAAAACUUUUAGUAGUGUUCUUCUGAAGCCAACUGCCAAAACCGACAGGAGGGAUACCUUGAAAGCAUUGUGUGUUACCAAAGCUCCUACUGUGCAAAGUAUGCCUUUCUUUCAUUUCCUAAGCUAUGAAAACUGAUCAUGAAAACUCCUGUCUUCCUCCAGAUUUAUAACAGCCAUGCUAACAAAGUUUGUGAGCGCUCCCCUGAGCCCUUUCAGCAAGCAAUGCUAAAAAAAAGCUUGGGAGAAGCCCUGGUUGUGGCUAGUGCCACUGCAGUGUAACUAGAGCAAGCCACAUUGAAGCAUAAUGCUUAUUUGCUUUAAAUUAGAACUCUUAGCACUUGGCAACUUGAGUGCUAGAGGUAUGCUCAGAUCUCACUGCUGUUUAAUACACUCAACAACACAACCUCUAAAUUGAAAAUUACAGCAGAGAAAUGCCAACACUGCAAAGAGAUAUGCCUAAAGUUAAACCAAAUAGCAAAUGAGUAACAAGCCUUGACAAGAUAAGCCGGGAAAAGAUAUGCCAAAUGACAUAUUGGAGUCUUGAGACACAGACGCUUUGUAUAAAAAAAAAGAAAAAAAAAGAAAGACAGACAAAGAGUAAAGAAACAUUCUGAAUUAUGCACAAUGAACAGCCAAAAUAAAUGUAAAUGUGUAUUGUUGAAGCAUAAAGUAAUCAUCCAGGGUUGCCUGAAUCCCAGCAUCAGCAUUGUUCAGUGUUCACCUCUGGGAAAAUUUAAGUUUAAACAGUGUAUGCAGAUAUGUUCAGAAAAGUUCCUUUUCCUUCAGUUCUUUCAAUGCAAACUCCUUCGUCUGGACUGUCUUGUAAUUUUAUAAAAACAAAAAAAAAAAAAUAAAGAAGUAGCAAAAGCAGGAAGGUACCUAAUAC